CACUCUUUCCACAUGGCAUCCAUUGCCGUCAUUGCAGACUCAAUAUCGGCACUGUCCAAGUCGAUAAAUCAAGUUUUCUCUGAGGCCGAAAAAUCAGCCACCGACAAACUAGAACGCGCUCAAAAUAUUGCUCAAGAUGCAAAGGACGAACGGGAUGAUGCCCUGAAAGCGCUCCAUACAGCGGGGCUUGAGAUACAGGAAUGGAAACAAAAAGUUAAGCAAGCAGAGAUGACUAUCACUCAUCAAACGGAGACGAUCGGCCAGCUACGACGCGAGGCCGCCCAGUGGAAAGAUCAGUCACGAAACUGGCAAGAACAUUUUCUUCGUGUCGAGCAGGAGCGAUGUACUUUGUCCUCACGGCUUGAUGAGAUAGUGGCAGAACGACUUUUGCCUGUUCAUGCAGCUCCUUUAACGCCCAUCUCUCGCUAUGCCGACCAUUCAGGCUCUCCCGACGAACAAACGAAUUCCGCCCCAGUACGGAAUACAUUGCUGCCACCCAGUCCUCCCGAAGGCGACCCUCCAACACCACGUAAUACGAUUGCGAAAACACGAAAACAGGCCUCGACGCAUGCAAAACCUAGUACUAAGUCAAAACCUCCGAUUACCGUCUUGAAGACAUCUACAACUCCAAAUCCCUUUGCAGAACCAUCAACAUCCAAGCGAACCGGCGCGCGCACACCUGUAAGAACGGAGACUCAACAACCCCGCGCAAAGAUAAUAAGACGAGUGAGGGCUGUCUUCCAUGUCAAGCAGGAAGAUGACUCGGGCGAGGAAGAGGAGGGAGAGGAGGAAGAUGAAUUGUCCGAACAAGACACGUCUUAUCGACCUCCCCGACACCCGUCCUCGCGAGUUGUCAAGGAUGAUGACAGUGAUCUCUUUGGCGGAGACGAGGAAGAUGAUGAUGAGGAAGAUGAGCUAAUGAUUGGACCUGAUGAUAAUGACGAUCUAGAUAAACUGCCGUCCCACAAACGGCCUCUCCCAACACCCGCCUCACAUGCGUCUCCAACCAAGAAACGCCGGGUUUCAACUGCAACCAGUCGACCUAGGGCGACGGGAAAAAAGUCAUAAUGUAGGCCAUCACUAGGUGCGUAUAUUACUUAUCAUUAUUCCAAAGGACAGACAAUAAGCCGUGUAGCAUCUGUAAAUUAUUGUCUUUUCUCAGCUGUGGUGGUGGUGCAAAAAUGAUACAUUCUGCUAAAUAGAUGGUGUGAUUUUACAUGAGCUUUCCGCCUCCAUACCCUACACUAUUUCCAUUGACAUGAUUGACACCCGUCUUUU